AUGAAUCCCAUCGCGCCAACUGUCCCCGCCGCCGCCGUUCCCACCGCGUGCCGCCGCGGGCCCGCGAGCCCAGUUCCGGCCCGCGGGGCCCGAACCGCCGCCGCCCGAGGCGCCCGCCCCCGCGCCCGAGGCCUCCCGAUGCGCCGCCUCGCCCCGCGCCAGGUUCCGGCCGCCCGCGUCGCGCCUCCGCCGCCGGUGUGCCCCGCCGCCGCCGCCCUUCCCCGCCGGCUGCGCAGCCCGGCCCGAGCGCCCCAGCCCCGCCCGCUCGUCGCUCCGGCCUCCUCCUCGCCGGCCGGAGCCUGA